AUGCACGACGACGGGCCGCAAGUGCGCGUGAAGUUCGUGACGGCCGAUGCGGCGCUUCGCGUGACGGAGACGCCGUUUGCAGUCCCCACGCGGCUCAGUCGUCGCGGGCUGUCGCAAGUCGUCAACCAUUUGCUCGCGACGGGCGACGCGCCCCGUCCGUUUGACUUUCUCCUGGGCGGUCUCUUCCUGCGCUCGUCGCUGGAGACGUACCUGCAGACGAACCAGCACAACGCGUCGGAGGAGACGCUGCUGACGCUCGAGUACGUGGAAGCGCUGCCCGAGCCGCGAGCGCAAACGAACUGCGACCAUCCCGACUGGGUCAGUGCCGUCGCAGCUCUCGACGACAAUGUGGUCGUCACGGGCUGCUACGACGGCGUGCUGCGGGUCUAUGACGCGCACGGAGAGUGCAAAGCGUCUGUCAAGGCGCACCACGGAGCGAUCAAGGCUGUAAGUGUGUCGGUGGAUGCUGCCAAGAGCAGAGACUUUAUUGUCGCCAGUAGCGGCAAAGAUCAAGUGGCGCAGCUCUGGCGGUAUUCGGUCGACUCAGCUCAGCUCUCGCCUAUCGCAGCGCUUACGCGCCACUUGAACAGUGUGGAUGCUGUGCAGAUGCAGGCGUCGGGCAAGCACGUAGUGACGGGCAGCUGGGACAAUACAGUGCGUGUGUGGAAGGUGCCAGGUGAAGACGAAGCAGCGUGUGAAGCACAUGCAGCAAAGAAACACAAAAAGACAGCAAAAAGCACAGGGGCCGUGAGCUUUCAGCAGCUCGAGGCUGAAAUUGUGCUGGUGGGUCACACGAGCCACGUGACGAGUGUGACGUUUAGCCCCAAAGACGCCAAGCAUGACGACAGCGUGGUUGUCUCUGCUGGCAGUGACCGCACUGUGCGUCUAUGGGACCUCGUCACCCAGUCGUGCUCCCAGUCGCUGGUUGGAAACCGUGCCGUGUCGGACCUGAGCGUGAACGCGAGCGGAAUUGUGCUGACUGCUCAUCCGGACCAAUGCAUCCGUUUGUGGGAUCCUCGUGCACAACAGAGCGGUGAAAGUGUCGUACAGCGCAACUUUCGGUCGCACAAGGAGUGGGUGAGCUCAGUGGCCUGGCACCCGGACAGCGCAGCGAAGGAGCACUUAUUUGUGUCUGGGGGGUACGACGGCGCGGCGAAGGUGUGGGACGUGCGAAGUACCAUUCCUCUGCACACUAUAAAUGCGCACGAAGGCAAGUUGCUUGAUUUAUCAUGGCGAAGCCACGGCAAGGAGAAGAGCGCCGUGGCGUUCGUCACGGGCGGUGAUGACAAGAAGCUAAACUUCUACUGCGUGUAA